AUGGCAAAAUGUGCAAGCAUUGUACUGUUAAUGAUGGCUACGUUGAUAUUAGUUGGGGAAAUACAUUUUGGCUCAGCACAGAAGUGUGGAUGUCCAGAGCAAGAGUGCUGCAGCAAGCGGGGAUACCGUGGAACCACUCAAGCUUAUUGCGGUGUUGGUUGUUCACAAGGCCCAUGUACUGUCGACAGCCCUACUCCCUUUGGAUCCAUAGAAUAUACUAUCACUAAGGCCUUCUUUGACCGUAUUAAAUCUGGAAUUCCUUCUUCUUGUAAGGGAAAGAACUUCUACACUAACGAAGAUUUUAUCAGCGCAUCUGAAAUUUUCCCUCGCUUUGGCAACACCGGAGAAUCUCUUGGAGUUGCUAAGAGAGAACUUGCUGCUUUCUUUGCUAACUUCGCUCACGAGACUGGAAGUCUAUGUUAUAUAGAGUAAAUGGAGAAACGUACCUACUGCCAACCUUCUACAGAAUACCCUUGUGCUCCUGGGAAGCAAUACUACGGACGGGGACCUCUUCAGAUAACUGGGAACUACAACUAUGGAGCAGCGGGGAAAUAUUUGGGACUUCCGUUGUUGGAAAACCCAGAUUUGGUGGCACAAAAGCCCGACGUUGGCUUCAAGACGGCACUGUGGUUUUGGAUGACAAGCAACUGUCACAGAGCCAUCACUCUCCCGAGGGGUAUCGGAUUUAAAGGAACGAUCAUUGCAAUCAACUUCAGAGAAUGCGGGGGAGGGAAUCCGGCAGCUGUGAAGAAUCGAGUCAAUUUGUAUAGGAAAUUCUGUCGAUGGGUGCGAGUCGCUCCCGGUCUCAACCUUUAUUGUUGA